AUGGAGAAUUCUGCCCGAGCAUGCAUCUUGAAGGUGACAAAUGAUCAUCACCUCCGGGCAGUUGCUGCGAGCCUGGUUCAGGGAGCAUACAAUUUAGAAUUUGAUCGCCAGGAUUCCCAAGAUCCCCAAGAUCCCCAAGGCCGUUGGUGGCACUUCUUUCAUUUUGAGUUAAAAGAUAAGCUCAUAGAUGAUAAAGAUUCAUCCAUCUACGGUGUCGUGUAUGAAAUCAAGUGCACAUACACUAACCAUUUGCCAAAAUCUGCCCCAAAGUUUGUUAUUGCCUUUCGUGGCACAAUCCUCAGCACCAAGAGCCGGGACAUGAAGUUGAAUAUGAAGGUCUUCGCUGGUAAACUUCACAAGGACAAGCCCCGCUUUAAACACGCGCUGGAAGCUGUCAAAGCAGUUGUUCGAGAAGCCUGGCCUGCAAAUAUUUGGUUAGUAGGGCAUUCCCUGGGGGCAGCCAUUGCGAUGCUGGUUGGAAAAUCCAUGGCCCAGGAGGGUAAGAAUCUCACAACUUUCCUUUUCAAUCCACCUUUCUUGAGGUAUUCCCUCUCAAAGAAUAUCAAAAAUCCAACUUUAAAGGAUGGAAUCCUCUCGACAAAGAAUGUUAUCAAAGCUGGGAUCUCUUUUGUUGGGGGUGAUCAUCUGUGGCAGGAACUAUAUGACCAAUUUAAUGCAUUGUCUUAUUGGAUCCCCAACCUGUUUGUGAACCAAGACGAUCCUCUUUGCUCAGGGUAUAUAGACCAUUUUAGAAAUAGGAAGAUCGAAGAUGAGAUACGUUCAAUAAGGAGUGCAAUAAAAGCUGCAUUUGUGAAGGAUCCACAACUACCCAUAUAUCUACUUCCUAAGGCAUAUCUAACUAUUAGCAAGAUCUCAUCCCCACCCAAUAUUUGUAAAAUUCGUGAAGCUCAUGGAAUAAAACAAUGGUGGUACCAAAUGUCUAUAGGGCCAGGCUUUGCAAAUUCAUCAACAAAGGUAUUGAUAGAUGAUGCCAUCCCCGUGGGUGAACCCUGA